CCCGCUGGAGCCUCGUGUUUCUCCACGGCUUUUUUGUUGUCCUAGGACCGUGAGUCAGCUGAUUGCACUCGGUUUUCCCUUCGGCUGCCGAUUUGUUGUGACACUCCAUCUGACAGCUGCAGUUGCAUUUUCCUCGCUUUUCCUGCAUUUUGCAAUUAAAUAGUGAAUAUACUGGUAUAAUGAGCCAGAAAAAAGCCACAAAUUCGAGGCGGAAACGGAUAUUGUCGGAUCCCAAGACUAAACAGUGGAAUUCCAAGUGAAACCGAAGUGCGGAAAUAGAAAACCUCACGAAACUGACGCAUUAGCACACAAAAAAAAACAUCCCCGCAACACAAUCAAAAUAAAAAUAUAGAAAAAAGCGAGUGAAAGAGAAAAAUUUAAGUUUGCCGCGCCCGUGAAGAAAAAAACACAAAAAAAGAAAGCAGAUUUGUCCAGCAAAUUGCUCCGGAAAAAGAGAGCACGACCACAACAACAUGGGGAAUUCGCAAAAUCGCUCGGCGAACACCGAUGAAAAGUCACCGCCAGGUGGCGCCACUCUUCUGCGGGUGGGAGUGGCAGGAGGCGGUGGCGCAGGCGGAGUGGGCGGGGCCCUUGUCGAAAGGCGGAACAGCCGAGUCCGCGUCCUCACCCGGUUGAUGGGCCAGAAACGCAUUCGCGAGGCAUUCCUACACUCGCCGAAAACGGGCUCGAGUCUAGAGGUCAAUUUGGCGGGCGGCGGCGACGGAAGUUGCGAUUGGACCGCAGCGGAAACGGAAGUGGAGCAUGGACAAUUGAAUACCAGUGCCGAACAAAUCGAUUUUCCGCCUGCAAAACCGCCGAGACUAAAAAAGCAACUGCAAAUACAAGCCGAAAAUGAGGAUCGCUGCCAUUUGAGCCAGCUCUGUCAGUUCUCGAUUCAACACAAAAAUAUCCAAAACGAAGAGGAAUAUUUGGGAAUUCUAUCGAGGGAGGAGCUGCAAGUUCAAGAGAAAAACUCCCCAAUGACCAAGCAGCCCCGCAAAAGACGCGUAGCACCGCAACCUCCGCCGAAACCCCCACCGAAACCCAGAAAAAACCGGGGGGAAAAUGCCUCUAGCGAUGACCACUGUGCGUUCAUUGAACAGCUUUUUGCAGAAACCACUGAAGCAACGCGAAAAACUACAGUGGUUGCGGAUCCCGUCGACGAACUGAUCGUAAACAAGCACUACCUAAAUGCAGCUAGGACCGACGUUAAUCAAAAAUCGAAGCGCGAUCGUCCACUGAGCGAAAUCAGUGUGACUUCGGUGGACACACUAUCGCCGAACACCGCGAAGGCAGUCCUUGAGCUGCAGAAACGCUGUCGAGCUGACAAAUUGGCCUGCCUGAGCCUAACCCGCGUUACCUACCUCAGCAUAGCCAAUGACCCCCAGGAAGUCGAGGAUCGGGCGGAUCAGGCUACCAUAUUGCUUAAUACCGAUCUUUUGGUAGCACCCAACAGCCCGGCCGAAAGUUCGCCGGACGAGGAACUCAUGGCCCUGCAGUUGGGCAAGAAGUUGGCCCAAGUCUUGGGCAGUGGAUCGGGAACCCCCUUGACCCCGGGGAGUAUGGAGGGAUCGGGACCCCGCGUGGACUCGCCCCUGGGAAACGGGGAGCUCUUCAACGUUUCCAAGGCCAAAAAGGUCGAGCUACAGAACCUAUCCUCCCGAUUCACAGCAGCCGUUAGUCAGACACCGCCAGGUGUUGUCUCAUCAACACCAAACGAAACAGGAGCUACAGGACUUUCGGGACCUUCGUCGUCGCUGGAAACGCAAUCAACUGUUAUAAUUUCGUUUAAAUCAUCUCAAACACCUGUGCAGUCUCAAACGAAUUCUGCAGCCGCCUCUGAAAACGUUGAGGAUGACACGGCGCCCCUGCCCCUCCCACCGCCGCCCCCCGGCUUCGGCACGCCCACCACGCCCCUUUUGUCGAGCAAUGUGCUGAAGAAGGUCGCCAGCUUCACGGUCGAGAAAUCUUCGGCUGGCAAUAAUAGCUCCAAUCCCCCGAAUCUGGGCCCCGCCAGUGACGAGACCACCCUGCUGGCCACUCCAGUCUCAUCUUCGCUGCUGGUGGCAACCCUACCGCCCGAUUCAGCCGUGGGCGGCGCAGGGGGCGUGGCCAGUGGAGCUGGUUCGCGACGUGGCUCAUCUUAUGUACCGGAAAAGUUAAGCUUCGCUGCAUAUGAAAAGUUCGAAGGUCAAAUGCUAAUAAAAUGGCUAAUCUCAACGAUGCAGAGCAACCCGAAGAGUUCACCCAGUGACGCCAAUCAGGAAUUAUUUAAUUCUCUAGCGCUGCAAUUCUGCAAUAAUCUCAAAUAUGUCGGCGUCCUCAAGCAGAUCUCCAAUGAGCACUUGGAUUGCGGAUUUAGCCCCUAUGAGAUGUACCAGUGGACGCACACGGAGCAGCCGACGACAUCGCUGCCCCUGACCCCAGGGAAACUGGACAAGGUGGCGGCCUGGCCCUUCUCCAGCACACCGUCCGGGAUCCGAGCCCUGGAGUCGGCAUCCUUGGCCUCCCUGGGCGCAGGUGCAGCGGGGGGAUCGUUGGCCACCGUUGCCACUGCAUCCACGGCAUCCUCGGACAACCAGAAGACCCUGCAGCAGAUCCUCAAGAAGCGACUGCUCAACUGCUCCACCUUGGCCGAGGUUCAUGCGGUGGUCAAUGAACUGCUGAGCAGUGUGGACGAACCACCGCGUCGUCCCUCGAAGAGAUGUGUGAAUCUCACCGAUCUGUUGAACGCCAGUGAGGCGACGGUUUAUGAAUACAAUAAAUCGGGCUUGGAGGGUGGCUUGAAGAGUUUCACGGACGCGGAAACUCAAACGGAAAGGGAGGAUUGCGAUGGCACCUGCAAAUGCGGGCAAUCCUCAAAGAACCUCAAGGCAAGGGAAAGUGCAAGGGAAAUUGAGGAAAAUAAGGAAAAGGCACCGGCCAUGGCCCCACCUCCUCCUCCCCCGCCUCCUCCGCCGCCACCCGUCUUUGCAGUUCCUGCUCCCCCGCCUCCGCCUCCUCCUCCGCCCCUUGCCAACUGUGGAGCACCACCACCUCCGCCACCACCUCCCCCCGGCAGUGGCAAUGCCCCGCCCCCGCCACCACCAGCGCCUAUGGAAGGAGGCGGGGCGGUACCCCCUCCACCGCCGCCCAUGAGUGCCUCCUCCUCGAAGACGCCGAUCUCCCCCGCCCCUCUUCCCGACCCCGCCGAAGGCAACUGGUUCCAUCGCACAAAUACGAUGCGCAAGAGCGCCGUUAACCCGCCGAAGCCCAUGCGUCCCUUAUAUUGGACGCGGAUCGUGACGAGUGCCCCGCCCGCGCCACGCCCCCCCUCGGUGGCCAAUUCCACGGAUAGCACGGAAAACAGCGGGAGCUCUCCGGACGAGCCUCCGGCUGCGAAUGGCGGAGAGGCCACGCCCAACGCCCCGCCGCCCACCAAGGAAAUCUGGACGGAGAUCGAGGAGACGCCGCUGGACAAUAUCGAUGAGUUUACGGAGCUGUUUUCCCGCCAGGCCAUGGCCCCGGUCAGCAAGCCCAAGGAGCUGAAGGUCAAGCGGGCCAAGUCGAUCAAAGUUCUCGAUCCGGAGAGGUCCCGGAAUGUGGGCAUCAUCUGGAGGAGCCUGCACGUCCCGUCCACCGAAAUCGAGCAUGCUAUUUACCACAUAGACACGUCGGUCGUGAGUUUGGAGCAGUUGCAGCACAUGAGCAACAUCCAGGCGUCGGAGGAUGAGCUGCAGCGGAUCAGGGAGGCGGCCGGCGGAGAUAUACCCCUCGAUCACCCCGAGCAGUUCCUCCUGGACAUAUCCUUGAUUUCCAUGGCCAGCGAGCGGAUUUCAUGCAUUGUCUUCCAGGCGGAGUUCGAGGAGUCCGUGACUUUGUUGGCGCGAAAGUUAGAGACUGUAGCGCAGCUCUCACAGCAGCUGAUCGAAAGCGAGGAUCUGAAGCGGGUCUUCUCGAUAAUCCUGACCCUGGGAAACUACAUGAACGGGGGAAAUCGACAGCGGGGCCAGGCCGAUGGCUUCAAUCUGGAUAUUCUGGGCAAGCUGAAGGACGUGAAGUCCAAGGAAUCACACACCACCCUGCUGCAUUUCAUAGUUCGCACCUACAUUGCGCAGAGGAGAAAGGAGGGAGUGCAUCCGCUGGAGAUCCGAUUGCCGAUUCCCGAGCCGGCGGACGUGGAGAGAGCCGCCCAAAUGGAUUUCGAGGAGGUGCAGCAGCAGAUCUUCGAUCUGAACAAGAAGUUUUUGGGUUGCAAGAGGACGACCGCCAAAGUUCUGGCCGCUUCCCGACCUGAAAUUAUGGAGCCCUUCAAGUCCAAAAUGGAGGAGUUCAUGGAGGGGGCGGACAAAUCGAUGGCGAAGCUCCACCAAUCGCUCGAGGAGUGUCGCGAGCUGUUCCUGGAGACCAUGCGAUUCUACCACUUUUCGCCCAAGGCCUGCACUCUAACUUUGGCCCAGUGCACACCCGAUCAAUUUUUCGAGUACUGGACUAAUUUCACCAAUGAUUUCAAGGAUAUCUGGAAGAAGGAGGUCACCAGUCUCUUGAACGAACUGAUGAAGAAAUCAAAGCAGGCCCAAAUAGAGUCCCGUCGCAACGUCUCCACCAAGGUGGAAAAGUCUGGACGGAUUUCCCUCAAGGAGCGUAUGCUGUUGAGGCGCAGCAAAAACUAGUUAGUUACAUAGCUCUAAGCAACGCGAUAGCAUAUAUUUUUAUUUCUAGUUGCUUUUUAUUACACUAUUGCUAAGAAAAUUUCUCGUUAAAUGGAUUCAUUCUCCACUAGUUGUUAAGUUACAAAAUUGUAUAAAAACUUUAAACGCAGGCGUGGCUCUCAAAAUAAAAUGUCCUCUUGCUAUUGUGAUCGUA